AUGUCCAGUGAGGUGCAGCCGAGGCCGGACAACAGCCCCAACACCAGCGGGGGAAGCUCGGACGCGGAGCAGAGGGAGGCGGCCCCCCAGGAGCAGGCGGGCCCCGAGCAGCGGGACCAGACCCCCCCCAAGAAGAAGGAGGCCAAGAUCUCCAGCAAGACGGCCGCCAAGCUGUCCACCAGCGCCAAGAGAAUCCAGAAGGAGUUAGCAGAGAUCACUCUGGACCCGCCGCCAAACUGCAGUGCUGGUCCUAAAGGAGACAACAUCUACGAGUGGAGGUCCACCAUCCUCGGCCCCCCCGGCUCCGUGUACGAGGGGGGGGUGUUCUUCCUCGACAUCGCCUUCACACCAGACUACCCCUUCAAACCUCCCAAGGUGACUUUCCGCACCAGGAUCUACCACUGCAACAUCAACAGUCAGGGUGUGAUCUGUCUGGACAUCCUGAAGGACAACUGGAGUCCUGCUCUCACCAUCUCCAAGGUGCUGCUGUCCAUCUGCUCCCUGCUGACUGACUGCAACCCUGCCGACCCUCUGGUGGGAAGCAUCGCCACACAGUACCUGACCAACAGAGCGGAGCACGACAGGAUAGCCAAACAGUGGACCAAACGCUACGCCACAUAGACACACACACACACACACACACACACACACACACACACACACACACACACACACACACACACACACACACACACACACACACACACACACACACACACACACAUGGAAGCACACCCGCUCCUGUCACCCCCCCCCCCCCCCCCCAACACCUGGAAAAUGAACUCUUAUUUGUUCCAUGCUGACUUGAAAAGCUUCUUUUUUAUACAAAGAGUCUAUUGGGAUUGUGUUUUCCAAUACACUGAAUGUUGAUAUGGUCAUGAAAAGCUUUAAUACUGUUAUUGUAUCGUUGUAAUGUUGUUGCAUUGUUUAUAACAUGGUCGCUCCUCUUUAUUAUUCCCAUUCCAUGUGAUGGUUUCUGUAAACGGAUCAUUCUGAGUGAGUGCUUUUACUUUCUCUCCCAGUGCUUUUGGUGGAUAUUAGUGCAUGGCCUCAGGAUGUGUGUGUUCAUGCAGCGGACGUGUUCGUAUUGUUUUUAUUAUUUCUUUUAUUUGUCUGGCAUGGAGGGAGCCCAUCACCAUGAUAGUGCUAUAAGUCUGCUGUACAUUUAAUGCCUAAACAUAUUCGAUUAAACACUGGCUGUAACGUGUCA